CUUUUUUUUAAAAAUUGACUUUUUAUAAAAUUAAAGAUACUAAUUACGUUUACGUAGACUACAGUAGUGUAAUUGUCGUUUAAUUAUAUCAUAAUAAAAAUAUUUUUUAUUAUACUUUAUUGUAUAUACCGACUUACAGUUGAGUAGUGUAGUGAAAACACUUGAGAUACAAGUCCUCAAGUUACUGGUAGUAAAUAUAUAAGCAGGGUCUGAGAAGCCUUAGACUUACGGAGGAAAAUGAAUCCCAUUCAUGAUGGAGUGGAGAACGGUAGCGGUAUCUGUGUUUAUGAUAAGUCUUUGCUUUCUGGUUAUUCCUAUAAGAGUACCGUCAUCGUCAUCAUCAAACACUAUUGAUGAUGACAUACGAUUAUUUGAGAGUUACAUUGUGCGUUACAAUAAAUCUUAUCGUCAUGAUCCGAUCGAGUAUGACAAGAGAUUCAAACAUUUUCAAAUUUCUCUUCGAGGUAUAGAGAAAAUGAAUAAGUUAAGAACGUCGAAGGAGAGCGCGUAUUUUGGAGCGACAGAGUAUUCAGAUUUAUCGGAAGAUGAAUUUUUAAAGCUGGCAUUACGUAAAGACAUAUCGAAUCGUGCUGAGAGACAUCGAAUUGACCGUUUUAUGCGUCAAAAGAAUUACAGUCCUGAGGGUAAUUUAAUACGGUACGAGAGAGCGAUAAGAAUACCGCCGAGACUCGACUGGAGGACAAAGGGAGUUGUUACACCGGUUAAAAGCCAAGGGAAUUGUGGGGCUUGUUGGGCUUACAGUACUGUUGAAUGUAUUGAAUCAAUGAUUGCUAUUAAAAAUCAUACACUUACAUCUUACAGUGUCCAGGAGAUGAUUGAUUGUGCCGGUAACAAUAAUUUUGGCUGUGAAGGUGGAGAUAUUUGUAGUCUAUUAUCAUGGCUGGUAGAUAAUCAAAUAUCAAUCUUGUCAGAAUCUCUUUAUCCAGUAACUGGGAAAACAGAUACUUGUACAUUAGAACGAUCACCAAAGUCAUCAGUUCGAGUUACUGAUUUCACAUGUGAUAGUUUUGUAAAUGCUGAAGAACAACUGCUGGAUGUUUUGGUUAAUCAUGGACCAGUAGCAGCAGCAGUAAAUGCUCUUUCCUGGCAAAAUUAUUUAGGCGGAAUAAUUCAAUUUCACUGCGACAGUUCAUUUAAAAUGUUAAAUCAUGCAGUACAAAUAGUAGGUUACGAUAAUACUGGAAAAAUACCUUAUUAUAUCGUUAGAAAUUCAUGGGGACCGUUGUUUGGUAAUGAUGGAUAUCUUUAUAUUGCUAUUGGAAAUAAUUUAUGUGGAAUAGCAAAUCAAGUGUCAUCAUUAAAUGCUAUCUGGUAGUCGUAGUUAAUUAAUAAUGUAAAUUAUAAAUUUCAUUUAAAUCAUCU